UAAAGCCUUCCUUCCAUAAAUCAUAUUUGAUCUUUCAAGUUUUGGAGAUUGAUAUUGUUAAGGAGAAAGAUGGGAUUGGGUGGAGGAACAGAAGCUUUUCCACAUUUAGGACAACAUUGCCAACAACCUCUUUGUCAUCAGCUUGAUUUUCUUCCAUUUAACUGCAAUCGUUGCCUUAAGGUUUUCUGCGUAGAACACAGAACAUACAAGUCACAUGAUUGUCCAAAUUCAGACGACAAAAGCAGGAAGGUGAUUGUGUGUGAAAUAUGCUCCAAAUCAAUGGAAACUACAGGUCUCUCUAUGGCAGACGAAGCGGCCAUGAAAAAGAAACAUGAAAGCUCAAAAGAAUGUGACCCAUCUAAAAAGAAGAAGCCCAGAUGCCCAGUUAAACGUUGUAAGGAGCAAUUGACAUUUUCUAACACCACUGUUUGUAAAUCGUGCAAUAUUAAGGUUUGCUUAAAGCACAGGCUCCCUGCAGAUCAUGUUUGCAGGAUAGGGAAAUCAAUUGGAACAGUUUGUGGUAAUAGUAACGUAGGUAACAAGUUUUUGGUUGCUUUUGCUGCAAGAAAUGGAAAAGAUUGUGGUAGCAACAGUCAUGAGAAUGGUUCAGAUGCAACAACCAGAUCAUGCUCUGUUCAAGCUUGUUGACAGAUCACAGAUUAAUUUAGGAAUUUAUUGAGUUUGAAUUGUAACAGUUGAAUUUUAUCUGUGUGUAAUAUCAGUCUGAUAAAAUGAGGAAAAGCAGAUUUUAUUUGUACAAAAAAACAGAUUCGGGUAAUGAGGUUAUGCCCUGCCUUUUAUAGUUCUAUAAUUCUAUUAUAAACAAA